CGUGAACUCUGAGGGAUGUGAGGAAGUGUGAGUGUAGUUAGCUUUACUUCAAUUUACUCACAGUUGUAUCGAUUCAUAUUUGAUAUCUUCCCCUCGCAACAACUUGGAGGAAUUCUGAGCAGUUAAGGCUUGUGGUAAAAAAAAUAAUUUAAUAAAUAUGCAGCAUUCGUUUUAUAAUUUAGCAUGCCCACGUGAAGUACUGUAGGGUUGUAAGACUUAGUAGCCUGAAUUUAAAAGGAGUGGAGAGUUAUGCGUUACCCCGGUGAACAGAGAUUUGUUGUUCCUCUGGAUUUCCUUCGUAUCUAAAAGAAACAAAAGAAUGUAAGACAGUGGCUGGAUAAGUAUGAAUGCCAUUCCAGAUAUACAUUUCAUGAAAGUUUGGAGUGAAGAUGGACAGUGAACAGAAAGGCAAUGUCCAGCUCUUCACUGGAGAGUGCCUUUUCCUUCCAGUUACAAUCUGUGUUGUAAGUGAGGAUGAGGAAGAUUCUUGGUCCUUCUCCGAUAACAGCAUAAAAGAGGGAGAUUAUAAUUCAUCUGAUGUCGAUGGAGAUUUAACCAAACUCGAUGCCUGUACCAGUCAAGAAAAAAGUAGAGCAUCUCCUUAUUGGCUGGUGGAUAUGAAUAAAUUUCAAGAUGUACAAAAGGGAGCCAGCAAAAUUGUGCCAGAUGCAAUUAUACAGAAGGUAAUUGGACAGAAGAAAAAGCUCUUCGAAGAAAAUGAUGCAAGGCUGCAGUCAAAGAAGGAUUCAGACCUUAAAGUAUCAAAACGUUCUGUUUUCGCAGCAUGUAGUCGUGGUGAAAUAAGGAACAAAGGCUCUCCUCAAAUGUCUACUAUCAAGAUUGAAGGAGACGUGAAGUUAGCAUCCAUUAUGUCAUACAAGAGAAGAUUAAAGAGAACAAAAGUGAAUAUAAUGCAGUGCAGAGAUUUGAGGCAAUCUCAAAAGAAGCAGGGCUCUGAUAAGAGACAAAAGAAGACUAAAGGAAGAGAGGUAACAAAGGAUGAGAAAACACUGAAUAGUUCUUUAAUAUCAGAAUCUCACUUGCCUCCUCUUGAAAGUCCAGCAGCUCAGAUAAGUCAUGAGGCCAAAAGGAAGAGUCAUGAGUACAUGCACCAAAAAUUAGAAGCAGAAACAAAUAAUUUUUACUGCAAGCUCUGCAACUUUUCCACCAAUGAGACAAAGGCAUUCAUACAGCAUAUAGAAGGUCAUUCAGAUAACAGGGUAAGUGAACGGCCACAGAGUGACUACACAUCGAUGAACAGCAAACAACCACCACAGAAAAAGAGGAAAACAAAACUACUGGCGUGCAGCAAGUGUGGUUUCUCGACAAAGGAGAAAUGGGACUUUGAAGCACACACAAAAAGUCACGUUGAGAAAAAUGCAAUUAAGAAUGAACAAGAUUCUAAGAGUAAAGCAAGCACCCAAAACAAAAGUGAAGUACAUACUGGACAGGAAGAAAAGAAAAUAUAUUCCUGUCAACUAUGUCAUGUGACUUUUCAGAGUGCCCUGCUUCUUGAACGCCAUAAGAAUGUACACUUGAUCUCUGACACAGUGUUUUCUUGCGAUCAGUGUAAAUAUUCUACAUAUAGUUCCUACAACCUGAAGUGCCACAUCAGAAUUCAUACUGGUGAGAAACCUUUUCAGUGUAAUGUCUGCCAAUCUUUUUUUCGUACACUAAGCCACCUUGUUCGACAUAAACGUGUACAUGUAAAUUCUAAGAAUGAAGAUUGUAAUGUUAAAUCCAAAGAGAGUAAGAGUAUGCUUGGCAAUCAGGAGGUGGAUAAUGGCAGUGAAAGUCGGUCAUCUCUGAGCCAGAGGCACAGCUGUGAGCAUUGCCAAUAUUCCACUAACAACACCUACAACCUGAAGUGUCACAUGAGAAUUCACACAGGUGAGAAACCCUACCAGUGUAAAGAGUGUCAGUUUUCUUUUCGCACUCAGAGCCAGCUCAGUCGUCACCAACGGCUUCACACAUGUGUUAAGAGUGAUGGAGAAACAGGGGAAUCGGGGAAGGCAUCUUUACCUGCUAGCCAGCAGCAUAACCGGAGCCAGAUAAAAAGUGAAUGCUCUUUGGGGCAGGUACACAGCUGUAAUGAGUGUGACUACACGACUCUCAAUUCUUACAACCUCAAGGUUCAUCUGAGGAAGCACACUAAUGAGCGACCGUACAGGUGUUCCCAGUGUGACGCAGCGUUCCGAACUCAAAGCCACCUGUACCGACACAAGAGAUGCCACUUGCCAAAAACUGAAGUUGAAGAAGAUAAAUCAGAUUGAAGUUGUAUUUCUGAAAUUCUGCAGUUUAUUUAGACCAAGUUUGAGGUUAUUUGCUAGGUCCUAAAAUGUCUUGGUUUCUGUUAUCAUUAAAAUAGUAAUUUGUGGAGUAAAUCUUUAGCAACAUAUGUUCCCUUUUGUUAAAAUUGAAACAUUCUUGGAUGUUGUUUAGAAUAUUAGGUACUGUAUACAAGCUUACUUGUUCUAGAUCCUUUUCUUUUUUUCAGUGACAACUGCCAAGUUUCCAUUUUGUCUCAUUAUAUCUGUCUGUAAGAAAAGUCUCAGGACAGACAUGAGUAUAGAAAUAAGUAUGAUUUACUGACUGACACUAUGCACCUCUGGGUAUUAAAAGUAUUGUCUGCACCUAGUAACAAAUUUAUAUUUUUUAACUAAGACAUUGUAUUUUAGAGUUUAAAUAUAAAACUUAAAAUUACAAAACCGUAGAACUAUUGCCAGUAUUACUACUAAAACAAACAAUAAUAAUACAGUAUGUAACAAUAUUGCUAUUUUAUUAUGGACAGAAACAUAAUGUACUUUUAUUUAACUUCUCUAAAGUAUGCGUUGGUUACCAGAAAAAAAAUGAAUAUCAUUCAGAUACUGUUCAGUGGAAGAUGGGACAAAAAACAACAUAGUGUAGAAAGAUAUUACUUUUUCUGAGCUUCAGAUCUUUUUCGUUUUCAAUAAAGUCCAAGCUGGACAUAACAGUCA